GAAUUCUCUUUCAAGGUUGUUUCCACCUAUGUGGGCACCUGAUCUUGGAAGCAAUGGUGAAUUCUCAGGGCUCUCAUCGAAGCAUUCAGUUGAAAGUAAGGAUUUUUCAAACCUCCUGGGCACACAGAACUACUAUCAGGAACAAUUGCAAAAGUCUCAUGAUUUGGAGGUGUUACACAGAGGUUUGGAAGAUCUUCAUUUCAUAGAGUCUUGGCUUUCUCCAUCUGGCCCUUGCACUCAGCCUGAUAAUAUACUGAAGAAUGGUUACCCUGAAAAUUCCUCUUUGCAAAAUAAUAAUAAUAAUACAAUUCACCAAGAAGGGUUUUCAUUUCAAAAUGUAGACUAUCAUCAGCAUUUGUGCAGUUAUGACCACAUGAAGUUAAAUGGAGACUAUGAAAAAAUCACUUCCAAUUUUAGCACUUUCUCUUCUCAGAACAGAAUGAAAGAAGGCACUAGCGUUCAGACAGAGUAUUGGAAAACUGAAAGAACAAGAGGCAAAGUUAUGAAAAAUGAUGCUGAAGAACAAACUAAGUAUUCCUCUGAUCUUUCCAAUCAGCCUGUUGAUGACUCUUGGGAUAAAGUGUCCCAGAACAACCACUUGUUUUCUAAGAGAUAUGAAAACUUCACAGCUGCUCAGAAAUUGCACUCAACUCUUCAUCCAUCACUAUAUUUUUUGGAUCAACUCCCUAAAGAAAAUAAUUUUUCUGGAGGGACAAACAGAAAACCCCAGGACAACCACAUGCAAAAUGGUCAUCACAGCUUUACUUUGGGGGAUGCUUUUAAUAAUAAUGAAUGUCAGAUCCAUAUUAGCCCUAAAGAAUGCUCUCAUAAAGCUUCUGAAUAUGAUUUAUCUGUAAAAAAUGUUAUGCAAAAUGGGAGUUAUUUAUCUUACCAUGGACAUACGUGGCUGGAUGGGAAAAUUGCAAGUCCGACAGCUGCAUCAGAUGUCACGUAUGGAAAGCAAGUGGUGACAAGUCCGCAGUCAUCUUCAGGGGUUUCAACCAUGUCCAGUGGUUCUCCCACCCAUCAAUCAUCUUACUACUCGCAGAUAUCACCUGUCCUCCCUUCAAGGAAAGAUGGAAGGUUACAAAUACCAAACGGUGUUUCUAAUAAUUUAGGAGUUUCUAAUGUCAUCUCAGAAAAUCAGAAGCAAAUGAAACCCAUUGGACGAUCACAGCAUGAUUCAUUGACUAAUAAGGAGGGGCAAUACCAUAAAUUCCCCAUUAAUUUUUCAUCUGACUGGUUAACACAACAGAAUGCUGUAAGUGGAGACCCUGAAAAAUACCACAGAUUUCCAAAAAAGCAGAUCGAAGAAAACAAUAAUAAAGAUGAUAGAAGAGGCAGAAGGAAUUGGAUUCCUCAUUUAGGAUAUACAACCCCAAACCGUCAGCAGUUCAAUAUGUUCCAAAAAACCCAUGAACAGAAUGGUGGUAGCAUGUCAGACUUCAUCAAUCCUUCUGUUCUUCCUUCUUUCCCAUUAAUGUCUGAUUUUAAGCAAAAUCCCAACUUUCCUCCGUUUAAUCACCAUUUGUUUUCAUCAGCAAACAAUUUCAGUUUCCCUCCAUCAACAUUUCCAUUCUCAGAACUUGUUGAUCUUUUUCAUUACGAUGAUUUUAACCACUUGAAUCCCUUCAUCAAUGAUCUCUUUUGUGGGGAAAUAGCUGCACCUUACUUUGCCUUUCCAACACCAUUUAACAAGUACAGACCUCCAAGAAAUCGCAGUGGACCUGCUAACGAGCUUCAUAUCCGAUUGGAGGAGUGUUAUGAGCAGUGGAGAGCAUUGGAGAAAGAGAGAAAGAAGACUGAGGCUGACCUUGCUAGAAACUUUCCAGGAAAGCGCGUCUCUAGCUCAAAUAACACUCCUGUGUCCCGACUUCCUGCUAACCCAUCACGAGUUGAUCGUUUGAUCGUCGACCAGUUACGAGAACAAGCCAGGGUCCUCACGUUAAUAAGAAAGAUGGAAAAGCUUCGUGGUGCCCCUGUUCACAGUAACAUACCCACUGCGUUGGAACACCAGCUGGAAGCCAUUCACGUCACCCAGGCCAGGCGUAAGGAUGAGAUUAUUAAUGCUGCUAAUCCACAGAGACAAGGAGCACCACGUUAUAACAAUGAGAAAGAUGUUCUGGCUCUAGCAGCUGCCAUUAGAGAGUUGGCUGCUUCCACACGUAAGACUCGUACCGCUCUAUGGUGCGCGUUCCAGAUGACUUUGCCCAAAACCUCUUCAAGUGGUCUAGUAAAACAAGAAGUUGUUGAAAGGACAUGGCAAGAGCUUUGUCCUCCAGACACAAGCACACAAGAAAAAAUCAGCGUUGAACAUGGAAACAAAGGAAGCAAAAAAGAAAAAUCCGAGGAACCCAUGAGGAUUCUGGAAUAA